UCUCCCCCGUACAAAAAUACUCCCCCGGUCUCAGACAUCCAGCCAUUCGCCAGCACGUUUGCACAACUGCCGCACCCGCCGAUCGGUAGCCACCGCCUCCGCAAGCCAGCUUCGACCGAUGGACGGCGACACGACGUUCACCAAGCUGUUCGUGGGGGGCCUGGCGUGGCAGACGCAGCGCGACGCCAUGCGGCGCUACUUCGAGCAGUUCGGCGACAUCGCGGAGGCCGUCGUCAUCGCCGACAAGCACACCGGCCGCUCCAGGGGCUACGGAUUCGUGACGUUCAGGGACCCCGAGGCCGCGGCGCGGGCGCUGCAGGACCCGACGCCGGUGAUCGACGGGAGAAGGGCCAACUGCAACCUGGCGGCGCUCGGCGCUUCGCAGCGCGCGCAUCCGGCCGCCGCGGCGCCGUUUGGGAUGGUCAGGUCGACGCCGCCGGCAACAUCGUCUUCGUCGUACCAGGGCUCUGCUGCCGCCGCGGUUGCAGCCUCCUACUUCCCCCAGCAGGCUCACUACACCUAUCCUUACUACUACGGGUAUACGGGAGGGUAUUCUCACGAAAACAUGUAUCAAAUGCAAAUGAGUUACUAUGGCGCGCAAGGUGGAAGGGUUGCCCAGCAGCAACAGCAGCAGCAGUCACAAGUGCAAACAUACUACACAGCAGCUGGGCCGGAAGGAGCUCAGCAAGGGUUUUCACCGUACUAUCUCCAACAGAUGCAAGCAGCCAGCAACCAAGGUCAGAGUUCUUCCGCGGCAGUCAUGCAGUACUCGCAGAUGAUGCAGUACGCGGCACACAUGCAGCAGGCGGCGCACGCCGCCGGGCUCCACGGCGCCGACGCCCCAGAGAGCGCCGGCGACUCAGCUACGGGGACGGGUGGAGCUGCAGCGGCCGUCGGAUCUGACACGUCGUCUUCGAAUUGAAGCAAUCAACACAUCUGUGUGUUGGUUGAUUUUCAAGGACUCCUGAAAACCAAGUUUAUCUGCUCGUUGCUGCAGCUACGGGGACGGGUGGAGCUGCAGCGGCCGUCGGAUCUGACACGUCGUCUGACAAUGAUAGGAGAGCAUCCGAGCCUUUCCAUGUUGACUAACAAAAGUGAAGAAAAGAAUUGUAUCCGUUAACACAUUCUUAAAAUUUUAUGCCCAGUAAACUACACUC